UUUUUGGAAGCAUUGUGGUCAGCUUGCUACCUCGCGAUCACGAUUAAUGAUGAUGGCGUAGAACUUGCGAGCAUCAUCCACGCUGCGCGAACGUGACACGAUGGAUCAUACUGAAGCUUGGACUAUUGAUGAUGACAGCGAGUCCCAUCCCUCUGUCCCAUCCUCCUCCUUCGACGAUACAUCCCAGCGUGCACCUUUAGCCCACAGAAGCCGGCUGAGACCCGCCGGAGCCGCCCUGACCUUCGUGCCGUUUGCUGAGUGGGAGCCAGAGCGGUCGUAUGAUGACGAGCCUACCAUACGAUCCAACAAUGAGUGGAAGCUAUUCGCGAAGAACCGAGGGCACGCUGGCGAAUCAGAACUUGACGUGGUGAUUUCGCCACGCAAGUUCUGGAAGCACGUUCUGCAACCUAAGGUGGCUGGCGCAAGUGCGGGCAAGCCAUGGAAGGAGGACGCCACAAAGCUUGUUCUAUCCGUGACAGACCGAAAACCCGGCAAUAUCACGAAGCGAUUUCCGAAGCUUGAUAUCGACUGGCCGAUUGUCACCCGGCAGCUUCGUGAGUGGAGCAAAUUCUUGGAUGAGGGGAAGAAAAUCACCAUUACGGCUACGUUCUAUUAUGUUAACGUGGACGUGGGUAAGUCUGGUCGGGCCGGAGCAACAGCCACUCAAGAGGCAGACCUGGAAGCCAGAACCAUCGGCUUAGGUCGGGGUGCCUGUAUUAGACAGGCAUACGCACUCAUGCGCUGCCCCGGCCGUCCAUGUACAAAAGGGGACCAUUGCUGGCAGCACGAUGGCAAACAUUACCGACUCUUACCACACCACGUGAGGAUGCUAGCCGAUCAUCUGCAGGCAGGAAGGCCUUUGAACGGGCACGACGAUGUUCCUGACGAGUUCCGCCGACUGGUUCAGGAAGACGAGCGUGAGCGAGACGAAAGGGAGCAACGGGACAGGGAAGAUCAUCGACGAAACCGUUGCAAAGGACGCACCUGUCGCGAGAGGAUGCGGUCAGAGCAUAGCACGUGGCAGCAAUCUCAGACAUGCUCGCAGCUAACAAGCAAAGGAUGUAUCAGUUCUACACCAAGCACGGGGUCCUGCCUGGUAUUUCAUGGCGCUAUGUUUGUGACGUGCAGUCAUGCUUGACUGAGCAUGGAUGGUGCGAGGCUAUGUAACACAACGAUAAAGAUUACUUUGUACUGUAAAUUGUCGUUACUCCAUUAAGUCC